AUGCAGGGGAAGCCAAGGAAAGUAAGGAAGGAAGAGGUCGUUACUCGAGAGUAUAACAUAAACCUCCACAAGCGCCUCCAUGGCUGUACCUUCAAGAAGAAGGCACCAAAGGCAAUCAAGGAGAUAAGGAAGUUUGCACAGAAGGCCAUGGGAACAACUGACGUGAGAGUCGACGUGAAGCUAAACAAGCAGAUUUGGAGCCGAGGCAUCAGGAGCGUACCGAGGAGGGUUCGCGUUCGCAUUGCACGGAAGAGGAACGACGAGGAAGAUGCCAAGGAAGAGUUCUACUCUCUUGUCACUGUCGCCGAAAUCCCUGCAGAGGGAUUGAAGGGUUUGGGCACCAAGGUCAUUGAGGAGGACGAAUGA